AUGGGCUCCGACGAGUCCAAUCGCCGGAUCCAGCUGGCCAUCGCCGCCAAUGCGCUACGCUACGGCCCAGACGGUAUUCUGGUGCUGGAGUUGAAGGCCAUGCUCGGCCACAACUACCGACGCCAAAGGCGCUUCAGAGAAGCCAAGGAGCUCGACACUGUCGUCCUCGCCAAGCGAAGAGAGCUUUUCGGCAAUGACCAUAGCAGCAUCGCCAAGAGCCUCCACAAUCUGGCCCUCGACCUCAGAGGGCUAGGGGAGACGGACGAAUCUCUGGACCUACAGGAGGAGGCCGUGGCCAUUCUCUUUCAGGCAGACGGUGCAGAGGCGCCCUCGACGUUGACCAGGGUGAACGAUCUGGCUUCCAUGUACGCCGACGCUGGAUACCUUGAAGACGCUGCUGAGCUGCACGAUAAAGUCGUUGAUGUGCGCACCCGCGUCCUCGGCGAGGCCCACAUAGACACCAUCAUGUCAAUGACCCUGCUUGGCUCGGACUACCGUGACAUGGGCCAACGGGGCAAGGCGUUGCGUUGGCAGUCAAAGGCCAUGGCCCUCGCCAGGACGCACCUGGGCCGGCUGCACGACACGUCCAUCACGUGCAUCGCCAACAUGGCCAUGACCUGGACAAGGUCUGGUCGCCGCCUCGAGGCCCAGGCGAUGCUCGAGGCGACAAAACGCGCUUGGCUGGAAUCCGGCCAGUGGACCACGCCUAUGCCUCUUCCCCUCAUGAACGGUUUGGCUGUGGAGUACUAUCACGCCGGAAGACUUAAGGACGCAAAGGACUUGAUCGAUCCCUCGAUUCGGGUGCGGCGCGCCAUCCACGCCGGCGACGCGCUGCUCGUCCAACGCAUCCUCAAGUCCAACCCGUCGAUCCUGCACAACCCCGACACGUCCCUCAUGGGCCUCUCCAACUCGAACCUGCACCUGGCCGCGUCCCUCGGCCACCGCGACAUCUGCGAGGUGCUCCUCCGUGCCGGCCACGAGGAGCCCUGCCCCGCCCUCAACGACAACCACCAGACGGCCCUCAUGCUGGCCGCCGGCGCCGGCCACACCGACGUCGUGCACCUGCUCUGCGAGAGCGACCCCGACAGCAUCCUGCGCCGCGACGUGCGCGGCCGCGAUGCCAUCAUGGAGGCCAGCAUGGGCGGCCACGACACCAUCCUGCAGCUGCUGCUGACCUACGUCCCCGGCGGGCCCUUUGAGGCCGUGCAGCGCGCCGACAAGGAGGGCAACACGGCGCUGCAUUUCGCGAGCAGCAACGGCAACCUCUUGGGGCUGCGCACCCUGCUGGCCGCCGGCGCGGACGUCGAGCGGCGCAACAUUUGGAACUGGACCCCUGCGGCCUACAGCGCGACCGUCCAGGCCGAGGUGUACCUCAAGGGCCUGGUCAGCGAGGUGGAGAGGCGGCACCAGCUGAAGAAGGAGGCCGAGGUGUCCAAGAAGGCGGGCUUUGUGCGCGUUGUGCCCGACGACAGUGACGAUGAUUGA